GCUGGAGGGGCCCGAGGGCCUGAAGAGGGCGGAGCCAGGGCGGCGACGGGAGUAGGGGGCGCGCGCGCUGCGGCGACGGCGGGCGCCAUGGCGCCUACCCAGCAGGUCCGGGUGCUGCGGUGCUCCCGCUGCCGCCUCUUCCAGGCUCACCAGGUGAAAAAGAAUCUCAAAUGGACAUGCAAAGCUUGUGGAGAGAAGCAGUCAUUUUUACAGGCUUAUGGUGAGGGCUCUGGUGCUGACUGUAGACACCACGUCCAAAAAUUAAAUCUGCUGCAGGGACAGAUUUCAGAGAUGUCACUCAGGUCUCUGGAAGAAGCCGUAAGUGCUGAGGAGGAGGAAGAUGCAGGUCCUCUGCAGGCCACGCACGCACGUCUGCAGGAAAAACUCCAACCCUCAAAUAGCCGCUGGCUGAAGUAUCUGGAAAGGGACUCCAAAGAACUGGGGCUGGAAGAAGGAGGAGUGUGUUUCAACAGACAGCCUUCACCCGAGAGAGAGAAGCCAGACCCUCCCUUCAGUGCAGCCCUGCCUAGAAAAAGGAAAUGGAGCCAGAACACAGUCCAGCCUCCAUGCAGCCCUGAUGUCCAGGACUCCAGAAACUGUGAGGUCACCUUGAAGUCCCUGAAGGAUCACACUGGCCUGACAGGGAAGGUCAAAGAAGGAAGCAGUUGUGAGGACUGGGACACCAGGGAGCUCGUUGUUGCUCAGGGGGAACCACCGUGUCCUGCCCAGCAGGUCAGGACCACGUCUAAAUGGGAACAAUUUCUUCCACCACUUGGAAACAGCCUACAUUUGGACACGGAGCCCCUGACCCCCCUGCAGAGAGGCCCCAGGCCAGCCCAGGCAGCCCAGGCUGAGCAGGGGACACCCAGGGCCCAGACCCCAAGGGAAGGAAGCCUCUGCAAGACCGCUGGUGUACUCCAGCCUCCUCAAGCUACACACACUCCCAUGCCUGGGCCCAAGCUCUGUGAGAAGACCCCCGAGCAGUCCUGGGGCACAGGCCCUUGGGCAGAGGGUGGGCCCUUGGGCAAAGGGGGGCAGGGGCCUUCAUCACUCAUGCGACUGUGUGACCUCUUUAAAACUGGAGAGGACUUUGAUGACGAUCUGUGAAUUGAAACGUUAUUAAUGUACACAUAUUUGUUGCGUGAGCCCUUCUCCACUUGACUUCUGUGCCACUGGAAACAGGGCUCCCCAAGUUGCUUCUAAAUAGGACUAAGGAUGACUUACAGGAACUACCAAGAACCAACAAUAAACAUGACUAUCAA